AUGGCGAUCAAUCUGCUCCAGACACAGUUGGAGUUGUCUCUUGUAAGGGAGGAUAUUGGAAAUGACAUUCACGAACUACGAAGAAGCGUCACUAGAGACUUAGACGCCCUCAACCAUGAAUUUGAUGAUGUUAGGGCAGGUCAGCUCAAUCUGUCUAACAUGGUUGUUGAUUUGAAUAUGCAUUUAUGUUCACUACAAGCAUCAUAUGUCAACAUCGUCUUGGGUAAAAACAAGUGCAACAAAGUCAAAUGGGUUUUUGGGUUUUUUUUACUUUCAUUGUUGUGGGGGUGUUAA